AUAUUCUUCUUCACCUCAUCUUCAUUCUCUUUCGAUCACUUUACACAUUCGUUCUAGUUCUGUGAACUUCACAUUCAUUACACUCCUUCUAAAAACUUAUUGCAUUCGGCCGGUCCACCAUUUUAUACCUUUCAAUUCAAUACUCCAACCUUCAAGUCUCUUCCAUCUCAUCAUUCGAAAUGUAUACUCAAACUCUCCUCGUCGCCCUCUUGACCGCUGUUGUUGAGGCUCGUUUUGGUCAAGAGCAAGGAAAUGGAGCAAUCGCUGCCAUUGGUGCCUUGACGGACCUUGGAAGCCCUGGACAAGCCGCUACUCUUGCAGGAAACUCCAUUCAGUUUUUGCUAGCUGCGGCCAAUCCAUGUGGCAAGCUCACCCAGGCCGAUAGUAUCGUGUCCGAGUUGGGAACCAGUGAUGCAGCUAUUGCAGCAGCUCGUGGUCUUGUUGCCGCUGAGCAGAAUUUCAACCCUUUCGUUGUCGACAUUCCAUCAAUCUGUUCGGACCCCACUCUCCCUACCACGGCUGCGCUUCGCGGAGUCGUUCCUCUCAUUGAUCCUGCUGUCGGUGGAGAAGCCCUAGAGAACGCCAACUCCAACACCUCUAUCAUUACACCAUUCAAUGCAGAUGGAUUGAGUGUUGCUCAGGUUAUGGUCGCUCAAGGAUUCUCCAACCUCACCGCCGUCGCUCUUGACGGAACGAAACAAGCGGCAUCUGCUCUCGGAACGUCUGCCUCGGCAUCUUCGAACUCUACCUCCGUUGUCUCAAGUGCAUCAUCUAACUCCUCAGUCGCCUCUGUGAGCGUUGCAGCGAGUUCAAGCAGUGUCAUUGCAUGUGGAGCAGUCGCCACGACUUUUGUUACCAUGACUGGCGCAGCUGCCUCAACAACUGCUUCUUCCGCCGCAGAAUCUACUGACACAGCAGCAGCCGCAGCCUCUUCCUCUACAGCCAGUGCAGGAACCUGUACUGGCUCGGGAUCCACUCUUCUCUGCUCAUCCCCCGCUGUUGGUGCCGGAGCAGUAACCAACGCAGUCACUGGCAACUUCGACGGUUUCGUCGCUUCAACAAACACCAGCCUUGACUUCGGCCUCUGCGUACCAACAAUGAAGUUCGAAGCCGGUCUCGAUGGACGAGCCACAACCGCCUUCACCUUCCAAGCCAUCGACCCUCUCGUCAACAAGGGACAAGAGGAGGCUCUCAACCCUUCCAUCAUCACCAAUAGAAUCCACGAUCAAUUGACCAACGUCUGUGGUGCAAACCAAGCUGCUAAGGAUGCUGCCGCCGCCGCGCAGACUAUGAUCGCUGCUCUUGGUACGCGUGAUAACUCGACUGCCGAUGCCUGGAACACGGCUUUGGGCUUUGCGGGCACGAAUAUCAACCCUGACAAUGCCCCAGUUACUGGCUUGGUAGGUCACACAUAGAUUCAAGGAAUCGAAUAUGUGAAUCUAGCUCAAGGCGAGAUGAUAUGCAGUGGAUGAACAUGGGGAGAUUUCUAUUUCGUCAAUGUAUAUUACUUAGUGAGAAUAAAG